CUCCUCUUAAUACCUGAAGCGAGUAGAUGGCCAACUGGGCUGCUGUUAGAUCAGUGUUUAACAUUUAAUCUGAUUAAUCUUCAGCUAAAGAAAACAGGAGGUGGGAUUUAUUCAAGACCAGCUACAUGUCUGUCUCUGUCCCUUUUCUCUUAAAGGCCAGUUUGUGCUCCAGAAUCAGGAAGCAGCUUCCAGGUGAAAAGCCAGUAUGGCAUGUCUCUGCUACCUCCGCUGUGUGAGGAAACUUUGGGCACCAGCACAAGCAUCCCAGCGUCUUAAAGUGGCAAACCUGCACCGAUCUGUGCAUCAACUGCAACACAAAAAGGUAAUGGCAGAAGAAAAACCAUGGGCUCUGAUCUCAGAGGUGGGCGAGCAGGGAUACCUAGAGGAGAUGGCUGACAUAAUAAAACCACACUUCCACAUUAUCAGCCACAAAGACUUCCAACAAAACCCGCAGCUGCACGGCCCAAAAAUCCAGGCCCUGUUACUGUGGAACGGCUUCCCUGUAGUGGAGCCUUCACUGCUCGGUUUGCUUCCAUCGUUGAAGGUCGUCGCCAACGGAGGAGUCGGGAUCGACCACCUGGACGUGCCGUAUAUCAACAGUCUCGGGGUGAAGGUGACCAACACGCCCGGUGUGGUGAGCAAUGCCACGGCAGAUAUUGGCAUGGCUCUGCUGCUGGCGUCAGCAAGGAAGGUUGUUGAAGGUCACCAAGUAGCUGUGGACCCAAAGACCACCCAUAUACCACAAUGCCUGAUGGGAGUUGAAGUCUCUGAGUCGACACUAGGGAUCAUUGGAAUGGGACACAUCGGAUACAAAAUCGCUCAGAGAGGCAAAGGGUUUGACAUGAAGAUUCUGUAUCACAACAGAAGCAGAAGGAGUGUCGAGGACGAGCAGGCUGUGGGGGCGACUUAUUGUGAGAACAUGGACGACCUGCUGAAAGAGUCCGACUUUGUCAUGCUGGCGGUGAACCUGACACCUGAAACCACAGGCCUGAUCAGCCACAGACAACUGUCCCUCAUGAAACCCACAGCAACGCUGGUCAACGUCAGCAGAGGUCUAGUUGUGGACCAGGAUGCAUUAGUCAAAGCUCUGCAGUCUGGAACGAUUCGAGCAGCAGCUUUAGAUGUUACUUACCCUGAACCUUUACCCAGGGAUCAUCCUCUCCUCGGCCUCCCCAACGUCCUGAUCACGCCCCACGUCGGCACCAACACUUUAACCACAUCCUUAAAGAUGGUGCAGCAGAUGGUAGACAACGCUGUGGCUGCAGUGAAAGGCCUGACUGCUCCCAAUGAGGUCAAGCCCAAAUAACUGAACUGAUGUCACAUUUUCUGUCUGUACCGACAAGCGUUGAUCUGUUGACACUUAUGUUUGUCUGUGAAAUAAAGAAAUAAGUACUUUUAAGAGCAAGUAAGUUGGUUUUUACCUGUUUGGUUGCACUUUGUACAACUGACUGAAAUGAUUUCAUUUGUGUAAACUAGCCACUCUCGAGGAAAAAACAAGUCUGGAACUCAAGUCCACCUUAAAAAACUAACAGAAUGAAAAGAAAAUGUAGCAAAUGAAUGCAGCCAGUCUAUUGUAUUAAUUUCAUGUGUUAAGAUGUGUUAUUCAUAGUCAUUUUAAUUACUGUAAGCUUACACUGUAAACUGAUUUUCUAGAUUCAAAUAUGGUGCUCCAGUGUUUUGUUGAUCAAUAAAUGUUCCAUCACUGUA